UGGCGCAAGCUGCCGCCCGAUACCACCCGACGUGGUAGAAGGGAUGAUUUCUUUCGGGUUCCGAAAUCGUCCGAACCGCACCGACCGCACUUUCAGAGACAAGACAAGACAAGACUAAUAAGGCGCACACUUUCGGGCAGCUUUCGGGUGAAACGUGCGUGAUGGGGCUCGGUACUUGUAUGAAAGACACGGUCAGCUACAUCUUCGAAUAUGACACCCUCAAAGUCGUCCAUAUAUCGAACAAGAAGAUUGGAGCCCUCAACAGGCUCAUCCAACUGGUCAUUUUGGGCUACAUCGUCGGUUACGUGAUUGUUUACAAGAAGGGCUACCAGCAAUUCAGUUCCUUCAACACUGCCACCACCACCAAGGUAAAAGGGGUGCUGUCCACGCAGAAUUUGUCCGACGACGAUUUCUACCCGUUCCUGUCCGACAAGUCUGUUUACAAGAAGGUCUGGGACAUCGCUGACAUCGUUGUUCCUCCUGAGGAAAGCGGGCAGUUUUUCGUCACCACCAAUCUGAUCAUCACCCCGAACCAACAUAUGAAGACGUGCCCCGAGGACCCGAACGUCAAACAGGCACACUGUAAAUCGGUGAAUGACACUACGUCCUGCACACCCGGAGAAGCCCUCCUGCUUGGGAAUGGGGUGUUGACCGGGAGGUGUGUGCCUGCACCUCCGCCCAACCAGACCCUGCAUGUGUGCGAGAUUGCAGGCUGGUGCCCCGUGGAGCAGAAUUACGGACCUCUGAAAAAUGGACAAGCCCUGUUCGGAGAUGUCCGCAACUUCACUGUGCUUGUCAAAAACUACAUAGAGUUUCCUCUUUUCCACGUCAGAAGGAGCAACAUUCAAGCCAGUGACAACAGCACUUACCUCAAGUACUGUCGUUACAACGCGGACAGCGACCCGCUGUGCCCGGUGUUCAGGCUGGGCGACAUUGUCGAGGAGGCUGGGGUCAACUUUGAAGAAGUGGCAGUGAAGGGAGGAGUCAUUCAGCUCCUUAUCAACUGGGACUGCAACCUGGACUUCGACGCCAAGUACUGCAUACCUAAGUACACCUUCAGCAGGCUGGACGAUCCCAAUGCUGUCCUGGCGAAAGGCUGGAACUUCAGAUACCCCAAGUACUACGACGAGACAACACGCACCCUGGUGAAGGCAUACGGCAUCACCUUCGUCAUGUUGGUCCAAGGCCGGGCAGGCAAGGCGAGCCCCAUCCCCAUCGCCAUCAACAUGGGCUCUGGCCUGGGCCUGAUGGUUGUGGCCAUGGUGGUGUGCGACCUGGUUGUGGUCCACUGCCUCAAGCGCAGGAAACUCUACAAAGCAAAGAAGUACAAGUUUGUGUGCAGCGACGAAUACUAUGAGAACUUUUCAAACCAGUCCGUACCAUGACUGCUCUCCAGGGGUCGGCUGGUCGGCCAGUCUCUUCAAGGAGUGCACGCCCAUGACCCUCGGCUUGCUAGUCCCACUGCAAUUCCUGUUAAGUCUAGCUUGGCAAGGCAAGCAGAUGCCCCAUGUCCAGGCACAGAAAGUUUUGUCUUCGGCAGUUUUCGCUAGUCUCCAAAGUUCUGUGGUAAGCGCUGUCAGCGAGCACCUAGCAAUGGGAUUUGGAACAUUAUAACAAGAAGAGAUUAUUUUACGAAGCAUACAUUGCUUUUGUCUAGCAUUAUUUUUCCUCCAUCAAUGGCCAUCGAAAUCCAAGUUCUCCUCGGUUUACAAGACACUAAAAUAAUGUCUGCAGAGUGCUGAUCACAGAACUUUUGGCGCUAGCUCCGACACUUGGGAUCAGUUUUCUAGCACAUAGAUCUUUGGCCUCUAGGUAGAAGGUAAUCAAGAUGUUUGAUGCUCUUUUUAUGUUGAACCAAACAUGGGUGUGUCAUAAUAAUAUUUAGUGAGGUCUUUAUAAGAUUUAGUCAAGUCUUGUCAACCAUGCUGCAAGUUUUUGGAUUGCAUUUCUUCAAAUGCAGACUUGAUGACAUGUUACGCAGGGAUUUAAUUGCAACAGCUUUUCGAUUGAUUAGCAGAACAUGCUAUUUUUGUGCUAGUAUUUGUUACUACAGGGUGAUUCAAGGAGACGCCAGGCUCUUUAAAUUGACUGCAAAAUUCGGUUUCUUAACCUAUCGCGCUACGACUGUGUGCAGCGUUGCCCACAGAUGGUGCAUUUUUUUUGGUGAAAUUUGCAAAGAGCGAACUUACCUGAGGAAAAAGUAAAGAAAGAAAGACUUAGCUCCUAUGGAAACGCAGUGACGCCACCGGUCUUCAAACAACACGGCGCCGUUUCGCAUGGGACACAAGAGAUGGCGCAAGCGGUCGCGACACCAACUGCUUCCAACAAACGUUUUUAGCAGACAAGGAACUGCAGUUCCUUGUUGUUACCGCGCAUGUUUUUGUUUCUGCGACUGUCGCCGCCUGCGGAACGCGCGCCGCUUUUGAGUCGACAAGAUUGUCUGCUAAGACGCCGGCUCUCGGCGCCGUAUGCUCGUUCGUUGGCGGCGUUCGUUGCACCAUCUCUUGUCUCCCGUGCGGAACGGCGCCAUGUUGUUUGAAGACCGGUGGCGUCGCUGCGUUUCCAUAGGAGCUAAGCCUUUUUCUUUCUUUACUUUCUCGUCAGGUAAGUUCGCUCUUUGCAAAUUUUACAAAAAAAAUGCACCAUCUGUGGGCAACGCUGCACAAAGUCGUAGCGCGAUAGGUUAAGAAACCUAAUUUUGCGGUCGAUUUAAAGAGCCUGUCGUCUCCUUGAAUCACCCUGUAGAUGCCCGGUCUACCCUUCCGCUCUCUUGAAGUCACACUUCGGAUCAUGAGCUUAUCUACAAGCUACUUUCUGUACAUGCUAAUCAAGGUGUUCGAUUCUUAUCUUGCAUUUAAUAUGGGUGUGCCAUAAUCAAUAUUUAGUCCAAGUUUUCCAUUGUAUUAAGCAUGCUAUAAGCUUUUAAGUUGCACUUAUUCAAAUCGAAUCUGUUGUAGCCUCAAGCAGGGAUUUAUUUUUAAUAUCUGUUUGGUUGAGUAGCAUGAUAUACCAUUUUAUCUAAACAGCAUAUAUUAUUACGUACCUGCCCGAUCUAACUCCAACGAAAUUCCGAGCCCAUCUUUCCGAGCUGGUCUGCUGCACAUAAGCGGACAUGGCUGCACCAUCUUUUGAAACUAACAGUUCAUACUCAUAACUUGAGCUUCAGCUGGACACAUGGCCAAUCAUUUUUCGGCUUUUGAAGGAUCCGGAAUGCGUAAAGACUUUGCAGUGAAGGGUGCACCAGAUCGUCAUCAGUGUCUACUGCGUUGGGGAAGUGGGCUCCGCAUGUGAUACUUAACUGCAAGUUCCAAUUGGUCGAGAUCAAAGUUUCCAGUUGGUCAAGAUUAAACAGUACUCUAUACUAUGAGAUGCCCAUUAUUCCGCUUCAGCUCUACAAGGACAAAGUGAGAGCAUGUGAGAGCUUGAACAAUAACUUUUUUGCACAAUUGCAAGAGUGUGUGUACGCUGGGAGCGGCUAACGGAUAACAUAUCUACAUAGUAUCAAUGUCCAUUCAGCAGCAAAUGAUAAGCAUUUUCAUAAAACUUGACACUGAUUGGAACUGUGCGAGAUGCCUUUCGAUGUCUGGUAUACCCAGGAGGCAUACUUUUGUGACAUUUAUCUGUUUACCAGGCUCUUCGGGGCGUAUCAUGAUCAUUGAGCUGUUUCCAAAUCAUGGGACAGCUCUUCAAGGGCAGUGAUGUGCAGUGUGAAGAGCCUGCGGUGCUUAGGAGAGGUUAGACCCAAGGGGGAUAUUUGCCGACCCAUUCCUUUGUGCUAUGCCACUCAUUCCAAACAGAAAAGAAAAUGGUGACUGAUGAACCUACACUAGUCUGCGAAUGCUAAGAGUUGUCUGUGAUGUGCACUUGACAGACGCCGAGUCACCUGUACAAAUUGCUCGUUCCUUUUUAUACGCUGUUUACAAGCUUUGUAUAAGUUGUCUGACAAUUAAACAUUUCCUUCGUUCAAA